UAAAUGGAAAAGUUCCAAAAAUUUUCUGCAUAAAGAAAGUCUCAGUCAUGUGACAUCAAGGCUUUGUUCAUAUUGUAAAUUGUAACAACCUAAAAGAAGAUAGCCAGCAGAGAGCAGUUAUGUAUUUGAUAAUAAUAAGAACAAAUUCCAUGUUAUUUUCGUUAACAUUGUGCCUAAAAAUGAGAACUAGUUCCAGCAGAGAGCAGCUUUGUUAAUACCGUUACCAUGUAUAAAACGAUGAAUAGUCAACCACAAUUCAUUUUCAUUGACCAAAACGUGCGUACUCCUCAGUCAUAAAUCAUCGUUACCAAAAGGGAAUGAUUGUGCCCCAAGUAAAAGGCCAAAAACCCCAUAUAGACACAUACAACAAACUUUGUAUUUGUAGUUCUCUCUUUCUUCCUCUCCCUUAAAAGGCUUUGGAAUUUACACACACAAAGUUGAUAACCAUGACCCUACCCUUAUCUGACCGCAAGUCCCGGCGAAGCCCCAAAACAUAUCACCAAAACCUCAUUUCCGAUGCCGCCAUCCAAUGCGGCUCGUCGUUCUCCGGCGCGGUGUUCAACCUCUCGACCACCAUCGUCGGUGCCGGCAUCAUGGCUCUUCCGGCCGCCGUCAAGCAACUGGGGCUAAUUCCAGGCUUAGUCAUGAUUAUUUUGUGUGCCAUGUUAACGGAAUCCUCCAUUUCCAUGCUCGUGCGGUUCACACGUGCGUCAAAAUCCUCCACCUAUUCUGGGGUUGUACGUGACGCUUUUGGUGGCCUUGGUCGGAACCUCUUGUUGCUUUGCAUCAUCGUAAACAACGUGGGCAUGCUCGUUGUGUACAUGGUCAUUAUCGGUGAUGUGUUCUCAGGAUCAUGGUCAGAAGGAGUGCACUAUUCAGGGGUUGUGGAAGAAUGGUUUGGUCAACGUUGGUGGUCAACGCGCCCUGUUUUGUUGUUUCUCACAGCGAUUCUGGUCUUGGUGCCUCUGGCAUCAUUCAGGCGUGUGGAUUCACUGAGAUACACCUCAGCAUUGUCAGUGGGGUUGGCUAUUGUAUUUGUGGUGAUAACAGCAGGCAUAGCAAUUGUUAAGUUUAUCGAUGGAAGCAUUGUGAUGCCACGGUUAAUGCCAAAAUUCACAGGCCUGGAAUCCUUUUGGAAGCUUUUCACAACUAUCCCCAUAUUAGUAUCUGCUUACAUCUGUCAUCAUAAUGUUCACCCUAUUGAGAAUGAACUCCAAGAUCCUUCCCAAAUGAAGGCCAUAGUCCGGACAUCGCUCUUACUAUGCUCAUCUGUGUACAUAGCAACCAGCCUUUUUGGUUUUUUCUUAUUUGGGGACAAUACACUAGAUGAUAUACUUGCCAACUUUGAUGGGGAUCUAGGAGUUCCUUAUGGCUCAUUUCUUACUGAUAUAGUUAGAGUGAGCUAUGGCAUUCACCUAAUCCUUGUGUUCCCAAUUGUGUUUUACUCGCUUCGCCUCAACAUAGAUGGUCUUAUGUUUCCUCAUGCCAUUCCUCUUGCCUUUGACACCCAGAGAUUCUAUUUGGUGACCACAGUUCUCAUGGCUUUUAUCUUUGUUGGAGCCAAUUUUGUUCCCAGCAUCUGGGAUGCCUUCCAAUUCAUAGGAGCCACAGCUGCAAUUUCUGCUGGAUACAUUUUUCCAGCUGCUAUUGCUCUUAGGGAUACUCGUGGGGUUGCAACAAAGAAAGAUAGGUUGUUAUCUUGGUUUAUGAUACUUUUGGGUGUCUCAUGUAGCACUGUGGCCAUCUUUAGUGACUUGUAUAGUGUCUACAACAGUAGUGAAGCAGAGGUAGCUGAAAAAUGGGCUUGAUGGUGUUGAGUGUAAGAGGAUAAUGUGUAGGGUUUGGGUUUAAUAGAUACAAAAUUCUAUGCAAACUAAACCCAUUACAUUACACAGUUAUGACAAUUUUGCUAUAAAGUAGAUUUUUACCUUAAA